AUGCCGGUUUUAUUGGAGCGCAAACGACCCUCUCGGAAACAGCUGCAGGCCGUACAUGCCCACAUCAUACGUCAGAGAGAGAAAGAGAAACAGCUCCUCGCAGAGAGUAGAGCGAAGGAGGAGGAAGAAAAAAAGCGGAAAAGAGAAGUCGAGAAAAAGAAAGAAACAGUAGAGGAUGUCAAGAUCGAAAUAGAAAAACUUAAAGCUAAGUUGGAGUCACUUAAAAAUGAGAAACACCAAAUGUUUUUGCAGUUGAAGAAAGUGCUUAGCGAAGACGAAGAAAAGAGGCAGAGAGAAAGACAGGCUGCUUUAGCAGCUAUGCCUGUGAUGGCACCUCGACCCUUUCACGCUGUAAUGGGUGGUCCGAGACCUUUUGGUAUCCCAACAUCUUUACCAAUGUCACACAUACCUGUACACAGCCUAACCAGAGGUGAUUUACAACCUUCAAGUGACAGAGCCUACUCCUACCCCCCACAGACAGGGCCCAUAUAUCAGCCACAUGGCCAGUUCCCAAUGCAGGCUAAGCAUGGAAACUUCCCUGCUUCAUCAGCAUUUGCUGUCAGUCAGCCAUCCGCCCCUGUUCCCCCACUAUCAGACUCUGCUAGGGCUACCACAGGCCCAGGGCAAGGACAAAAACCCCAAGGACCCAACCAGACACACCCUGCACUGCCUACACCAGGCCAUCUACCCAUACAGAGAUCUCAUUCUGAUCCACAGACCAUGUACAGUCAAGUCCCAGCUCAAUCUCAUCAGCAACAAAAUCAUCCAUUGAGUACAGGAAAACCUCCAGAGCAAUCUUUCCCUUUGCCUUCACACUUGAAACAGCAGCCUGGACAGCCAGCAAAACCUCAAGAGUUGACACCACAAAAGCUCCCAUUCCACCAUCAUAACAAGGGCUAUGACAUUCAAGGUCCACAUGGAAAACCUGAACAGAAGCAGUAUACUACACACAAUGUGGUUCCAUCAGCACAUCCUAGCCAAGUGCCCCACCAUAAGUCAGAACCCCAUACCUCUUCCCAUAAACCCCAGCUGUGGGUACCACCCACACAACAAAGUCUACACAAGCCAGACAACCCUCACAAGAACCCCUACCAUCAGUCAUCAAUAACCCAACAGGCUCCCAAGGCAGCUGAAUUGAAGGCUGCUCAUCCACCCUCUCAUAGCCCUCAAACACAGCCUCCAGAUAGACAGCCUUCUGCCUCCCUGCCUGCACAGUACCAAGGCCAGCAGCCAUAUGCACAAGGGCCACAACCACAACAGUCCCAGCAUAUGGCACAGAAUGUCAGCUACCCCGCAACACACCAGCACUAUCAGUCGUCUGGACAAGGUGACCAGGGGCAUCGUCCUCAACAGAACCCCCCAAACGACCAGCAGCAUGUGGGACUGGGAGCUUAUCCUCCAAUACAAGCCCACCCUACUCAGCCAUACCACAUGCAACAGUACCCAGCACAGUACCAGGGAUACCAAGUAUCACCUGACCCAGCACACCAGCAACAGAACUACCAGGCAGUACCACCUCCAUCCACAUCACAGCAACCUGGACAGAUGCAUUAUGAACAGGCACAUGAGAAGCAGAUGCUCCCACCACCACCACAGCGACCAUCUAAAACAGACCAGAGCCAGCCUUCUGGUUAUAACCAGUAUGGGCAGGACCAUCCCCAGCAUGGAUUGUCCAAGAGAAGCAGCCACAAGUAUCAUCCAUACUCAUAUAAGAGCCAUCACCACCAAGGCGGCACGGCCAAGACGAAGUACAGCGAGAAGAACUCAGGCUCUCAGGACAAUCAUGGAGCAGGAGGCAGUUCCCGACAGGCCUACCAUGACGGCAAUAGGAGCUCACAUGGCGCCAAAGGCUCCGGAUCAAGACACUACAAGAACUAAUUACAUAGCAAAGAAGAACAUAAUUUAAUGAAUCUGAUGUACUUGUAUAGAGUAAAAUAAGACAAAAAUAAACUGUAUAGUACAUAUA